AUGUCUCAGGUCAAUGAAAAAUCCCCCAAACAUUGUGCUAAAAAAGGAUUCAGCUUCAACAAGUAUCACAAGAAACUCUUCUAUGCUUUCUCUACAUCUCUGCUCACAAUCCUAUUCCUUAUCUUCCUUGUUUGGCUCACUCUACACCCCACAAAGCCACAAUUCUCCCUAAAAGACGCCAAUAUCUAUCAACUCAACCUCUCAGGUUUGAACCUGAUCAACUCUACUAUUCGUCUCACUCUCUCAUCCAACAAUCCAAACAAAAAAGUCGGGAUUUACUACGACGUGUUACAAGUAUAUGCAUCUUAUAAGGGUCAAAUAAUUACUCGCCAAGCUUUGCUCCCACCGUUCUAUCAAGGGAAUGAAGAAACGAACCUCUUGAGCGCGUAUUUGGUUGGAGAUCAGUUACCAGUGACUCCAUCCUUCGGUUAUGAAGUUGGCCGUGAUCAGAGAACCGGAAAAUUUGUUUUGACUCUGAAGGUAAUCGGACGGCUUAGGUGGAAGGUCGGAACUUGGGUUUCCGGGAGGUAUAGGUUUAAUGUAAACUGUGUAGCUAUUUUGCCAUUCAAUUCCAUACCAUCAGGCCCCUUGAACUCUAAGCAAGGGACAGCGUGUUCUACUAUGGUUUGA